AUGAGUGUAGGAGGGAGUAAUCACACAGAGCUCUAUCCACUAGCAAUCGAUCACUCUGACGGAAAGAGUGGCGCCAUCUAUGUGACCAGUCAGGUGUAUUAACUGAAGACAAUGGACAGGGGCUUGGCGAUGAAUAGACAGCCAUCAUAGCUACAAUGGAAACAUCCAUCCACCACCCCUCAUCUUCACCAAACUACCCCCACUCCUAACCUAACAUUUCUUGUCCGCUUCAUACAACCCAUCCCCAUCCUACCCCCCGUCACACACUUAUUUCCCUUCGUGUCAGUCGGAUCAUCGCACUUCAUCUCAUAUCAUCAGCGAUGACAAAUGAGAGUGACAGCCAGGUACUAUCCCACCAGGGGGCGCCAGCUACGUCUGGAGACUACAUGCUUGUCUGUCUCUUUUCGUGGCCAGCUGCCCACCGCACAGAGCUGAUCCCGUCUGGUGCCUUUCCGAGCAGAUCGCUUCAAGUCCACGUCACUACAGCCCUGAGGCCGGCAGUUCCAGCUGCAUACAGCUGUGCGUCAGAACAGCGUCAUCGUCGCCAGCACGAGGGACAGUUAACGCCGUUGUCGUUGGGACGAGACAGUGUCACUGUAAUCAGGACACAUUGUGGGACUAUUUAUCUGUCGUCGCACUGACACGGACCGCAACGGAUGUGAAAGGUUAUCUGAGAUUUCGAUCUCACCUGGAGAACGUCAGACACCUAUGCUCUUUGUCUUGGAGAACGUCAGAUAUCAUCUGACCUUUUUCACUCUUGUAUCAGACAAGCCUGUCUGCCUCUUCUGUACGUCAAGCAUCAUCUUCAGGCCAGAUUCUUUGCUCAGGUGGAGGAGAACGUCAGACAUCUUGCGCCUGUUCUACUAGUCUCAGAGGUCAGAUAACUUUCUCACCUCUUUCUCCCUCGUCACUUCGAACUUCACUGGGAUGCGUGGCUGUGAAGGUCUGCUGCUGGCCAUGGCGACUGGCAUCUUGCUGGUGUGCGAAAGAACAGUCGUAACUGAGCCACGACACGAUAACACCAUAUCACGACACGCAAGGUCUGCCAUCACUACGCCCUCCCUUCCGCUGGAGGACAUUCAGCUCGUCACAGGCGGUAACCUCCAGGCGCAGACUCCUGGACAAAGCAGGUCUGCACACUCCGAGGACACGGAGGACUCAGCCAAACGACGCAACGCUACUGCAAGUGAUGAGCAAGCUGGUCUGAAAGGUACUGAAGAGACCGAAGCCGGGAAAGCGGAGGGACCGAAAGAAGGCGAGAGGAGUGAGGAGACGAAGGAAUGUAAAGGUCAUGGCUGCACCGAGGGACCUAAACAACACGAAGCAAAAGAAGGCGCGUGCGGGGCGGGAUGCCGAGGUCAGGAAGAGGAAAGUGAGAAAGAAGAGGGCGAGGCCGGCGAGAAGGAGACAGGCAACGAGGCACUGGAGGAGCAGAUCGAGGACUUGAUGGAGCAGUACAUGCUGCGAGGCCAAAACGAUUCUCUAGCGCAGCUCAUGACCAUGUACCCGGGCCUCAACAUGUCCGCCAUCCUAGCCGACGCUAAGGCGAACGGCGAGGAAGACGAGGUAGAGGGGUCUGAGCAUAUGGGCCGCGGAGUCCACCCGCACGGACCCUUGCUGCAAGGUCUGGCCACGCAAAGCCUGGCGCCAAAUGGCUACGGCGACUACGUCAUCAUUACCCACCACGACCCCACGCCACCAGCCUCUGAAGCAGCGACACCCGACAUCAUCCGCCACCACACCGUGCCUCCGACAGACCACGCCCCGCGUCUGACAGACAUUGCCCCAACACCGGUGCAGCACCAGCACUCCCCCCAAACAGAAGGCGGCGCGGCACAGCUAGUGGCGGACAGAGGCAGCGCGCCCAGCGGCGGUCUCCAUGGAAACCAGGGUGAGCCAUCACCUGGCACCGUGGGGCUGACGACCAGCGGGACGGUCGGGGUGGUGCUGGGCACCGUGGUGCUCAGCUGGCUGCUGGUGGGGCCGGGGCUGUGUCUGGCCUGGCGCUGGGGCCAGCGGCGACAGGAGAGGAAGAAGAUUUGCCUGCAACGCGCGCAGACCGGCUCGGUGGACGAGGGCAUCCUAGAGGCCAUGGUCAGCAGCGAGCUCGGCCGCAGAGACAGGCGUCAGACUAGCGAGGACGUGCAGAAGGCCAUGACCCAAGACCCUCAAGUGCUGCAGUCUUUUCCAACCCCUGAGUCCCAUGUAGUUUAGGGCCGUGCUUUAGUCUGCAGAACACGUAGAGCUACGAGCUCAAGGGAAGAAAGUUGACGGUAACGUGAAAACGAAUAAAUGAUUUUGAUGAGAAUACAUUUUUCUCCAUCAUCUUAGAAUUAUCUGUUGUACGCGGGUGUUGCUGUUUUGUUUUGCUUUAUAUUUUUCUUAAAUCACAGUAUUGAAUUUUAUUUAGUCCUUCCUUUUACACUCGAGCUGAGCAAAACUCUAAAACCAAACAUCACUUCAUCUGUCCUCUGGUUUUGUGAUCUGUUAUUUUGAUGUCUGCUGUUCAUUGUCACAUCAACCAAGGUAACUAUAAGGUUGAGAGUUUAAACUGUAAGCGUAGCCGUAUUGUCAAUAAUAUGUUUGUUGUACCUCUGUGAAACUGUCUUGCAGGCUACAACAAAGCGCGUGCAAGGUUUAUUUCCAGGAUGAGUAACGAUGACACUAAAAUAAACAAACUGACAUGUUCCGACUCUGUGAGUAAUAUAUGUAUGUAUAACACGGGUCUCCUUGCGGAUGCAUAUGCGUCUUCGCAGGCCCUUGACAUCCAUA